AUUGAAAAGAAGAGGAGCUGGAUUCAGUUAACAUGGAUACCAUCUUCUGUUACAGUAAAACACCCUGUGAACUGCUAUGUGUCCUUUGACCUUAAGCUUGGUAUCAGAAGACACUGCUAUGUUCUUCACAAGUUUAUCCUAUCACAUCCCACAUUUCAUUUUUAAUAUUCCACUGCACUCCAAGACACCAUGGAUUUCUUCUUCCAACGCCAUUUCCGCCGUCGCGCCAAAAGACAGAAGCACCCUGCUGCAGGACGCCAGCCUGGUCCUGCUCUCCAGACCAGUAAAGCCAGGAGACGCUCCAGUGUGGGCCUGCCCUCUGUAGCACUAGUCCAGUCCAGACGCUCCUCUGUUGGUUUACCUCCAGUCUGUUCUGAGCAGCGCAGGCGGCCCAGUGUUGGCCUGCUGGUGGCCAGCGGACAGAGGCGACAGUCCACUACAGAGGGUCUAACAAGUGAAGAAGAAUGUGGAAGAGGAGCUGACAGAGCAGAUGUAUUCAAGAGAGGAAGAAGAGGAGUUCAGUACAAAGCUCACCAUGCCCGCAGCCCAGCUGGUCCAGUCCCCUACGUACAUCGAGGGAUGGCCAUGCGACAUCGACGUCCUUCUAAAGUCAAAUCUAUUGAACCUCAUUUACUCGGAUCUUCUAUGUUACUUGCGAGUUUAGUCCAGAUGGGGAGAGGAGCGAGAGAGAAAGAAGAGGAAGAGGAGGAACUGUAUUCCUGUUCCGAGUCAGAUGCAGAGGAAGGGAGUGAUGGCGAAGUGGAGAACAGAACUGGAGCAGCUCUGUUGCACUUAACCCAAGCUGUCACCAUGGAGAACAUCUCGCCCCGCCCCUUGCUCCGCCCUCCCCGCUGCCUGAGAAGAAACUCCUCCCACCUCCUCCCAGCAGAUGCGGUGUAUCAGAGCAGCGGUACAGCUUAUGGAGUUUACGGUCACUAUAAUCGGAGAAGGUCCAGCCAAGUUCACUGGAUGCUAAAUAAACAGAUCCAGACCUCCACAACCAGUCCCAGUUUGGGUCAGCAGGCCUCAGCAGGUCUGAGCUCUGAGUCCAGGGCUGAUGAAACAAGUGUGACUUCUUCUGGCUCCGCACUCCAUAAAAGCUGUUCUUCACCACUGGGGGGACCAGCGGGAACCACCAUAUACUAUGACCCUUAUCUGGAUACAUGGGAGAACUUCCUGUCGAAAGCAAUAGCUAAGUCUGGCCUGCACCAUCUGCCCUGUGAGCCCAGUACAUCAUCCCUGAACAGGACCGACCCAGAAUCAAUUAUCCGCAGCACUCUGGACUGGACUGAGUCGGCUCUGUACGGAGACCAUAUCUGGUUUGAGACAAACGUCUCUGGAGACUACUGUUAUGUGGGAGAACAACACUGUAUUGCCAGAGCACUGCAAAAGUCCGUCAGCCGGAGGAAGUGUGCUGCCUGUAAGAUAGUGGCCCACACCAUCUGCAUAGAACAACUGGAAAAGUUCCCCAGCUCUAGAGCCAUUCUGUUGGACGCCACCCUGCCCCUCAAUGACCCCGACUUUAGAAUUAAUUUCAGGUGUAAACCGUCUUUCAGAGAGUCAGGCUCGAGGAACAUCCGAGAGCCCAUCGUGGUGCGUCAUCACUGGGUGCAUAGGAGACGGCAAGAAGGCAAAUGUAAACAAUGUGGGAAGGGCUUCCAGCAGAAGUUUGCUUUCCACAGUAAAGAGAUUGUGGCUAUCAGCUGCUCUUGGUGCAAACAGGCUUACCACAACAAGGUGUCCUGCUUCAUGCUACAGCAAAUUGAGGAGGCUUGUCCAAUAGGAGCUCACGCUGCCCUUAUAGUCCCGCCCACAUGGAUCAUUCGAGUCCGACGGCAUCAGUCAUCUAUGAAGUCAAGUAAGAAAAAGAAGAGAACAUCAUUCAAGAGGAAAAGCAGCAAGAAAGGAGCAGAGGAAGGACGCUGGAAGCCAUUUAUAAUCAGACCCAUCCCUUCACCACUGAUGAAACCACUGCUGGUGUUUGUCAACCCCAAAAGUGGAGGAAACCAGGGCACGAAGAUUCUCCAGUCUUUCAUGUGGUAUCUGAACCCCAGACAGGUGUUUGACCUGAGCCAGGGAGGACCAAAGGAGGGCCUUGAGCUGUAUCGUAAAGUCCAUAAUCUGAGGAUCCUGGCCUGUGGAGGAGACGGCACUGUGGGCUGGAUCCUGUCUUGUCUUGAUGAACUGGCAUUAAAUCCUUCACCUCCUGUUGCCGUGUUACCACUUGGGACAGGAAAUGACCUCGCCAGGACGCUCAACUGGGGAGGGGGCUAUACAGACGAACCUCUGUCUAAGAUCCUGUCCCAUGUUGAGGAUGGAACUGUUGUCCAGCUGGACAGAUGGAAUCUACAGGUUGAACCAAACCAGAGUGCAGGGGCCGAACCGGAUGAACAGCAAACUGAUAAGCUUCCUCUAGAUGUUUUCAACAAUUACUUCAGUCUUGGAUUUGAUGCCCAUGUGACUCUAGAGUUCCACGAGUCAAGAGAGGCUAACCCAGAGAAGUUUAACAGUCGUUUUAGGAAUAAAAUGUUCUAUGCUGGGACAGCGUUCUCAGAUUUCCUGAUGGGAAGCUCCAAAGACCUGUCAAAGCACAUCAAAGUUGUGUGUGACGGGACAGAUUUAACAUCAAAGGUGCAGGACCUGAAGCUGCAGUGUCUGGUCUUCCUCAACAUCCCCAGAUACUGUGCAGGCACCACACCUUGGGGAAACCCCAGCGACCAUCACGACUUUGAACCUCAACGCCAUGAUGACGGAUACAUCGAGGUCAUUGGCUUCACCAUGACAUCACUGGCUACUCUCCAGGUUGGAGGUCAUGGCGAGAGGUUGAACCAGUGCAGAGAAGUCACGCUCACUACUACAAAACCGCUCCCAGUGCAGGUGGAUGGUGAGCCGUGCAGACUUGCCCCCUCUGUCAUCCGCAUCAGCCUCCGAAACCAAGCCAACUUGGUUCAGAAGACCAAACGACGGACCUCACUGCCACACCUCAAUGACCAACAGCUGGUCCCAGAGAGGCUGAGGAUCCGAGUCAGCAGGAUCAGUAUGACUGACUAUGAGGCUCUGCACUAUGACAAGGACAAACUACGACAAGCAUCCAUUCCUCUGGGACUGAUCGUGGUUUCCGGUGACAGCGACUUAGAAACCUGCAGAGAACACAUCCAGCGUUUGCAGGAGGACUUCUGUUCUCUCCAUCCCUCCCUCAGAUGCUUGGGACUGCAGGAGGAGGCAGCCAAGAAUCUUUCCUCGCAAAGAUUAUCUCCAAAGUGGUGUUUCCUUGACUCUACAACAGCAGAUCGUUUCUACCGGAUAGACAGAGCACAGGAACAUCUUAACUACGUAUCAGAAAUCUCCCAAGAAGAGAUCUACAUCCUGGACCCUGAGCUGGUUGUCAUGACGACAGUAGCCACCUCCCCCACCGCCAUGCCUGACCUGGUUAACCCCGCCUCCAGCCUGGAAAACAGCCGGGAGAGCCCCUCUAAUCAAACCUCCAACCAAGUCUUUGUCUACCCUGCCGAUCCUUCCUCCCCUCCACCUUCAUCCUCUGUUCCCAGUUCUUCCCAGAGGCAGCGGGUGAACAGUGACAGCUCUGCUGCUGAUGCUUUGACACACAACGCAACACCUGUGGCCAGCAAACUCAGCAGGGCUGGUUGCAUCCAUCGCUCCAACACCACUGCUGCAGAUUUUAAACCAAGACUGAGACAGGAAAAGAGCCAAAAGGUCAUUGAAAUGGAAAGAGAGCGGGAAAAAGACAUGUUGAUCGAGUGUGUGAAGAACAAGGACUGGAAGAAACUGCAGGAGCUGCACCAGAAGGGGGCGGACCUCACAGUGCUGGACCUAUCAGGCUGCAGUUUGCUGCACCAUGCUGUCAGUACAGGAAGCAAAGAGAUGGUCCGCUACAUCCUGGACAAUGCUCCAAGUGAUCUGCUGGAUGUCACAGAACAUCUACACGGGGAGACGGUUCUUCAUCGAGCUGCAUCUCUGUGUCAAAGGACCAUCUGUCAUUAUCUAGUAGAAGCAGGAGCCUCACUGAUGAAAACAGACCUACAGGGUGAGACUCCUAAGAACAGGGCUGAGAAGGCCAAUGACUCUGAGCUGGCGGCCUACCUGGAGAACAGACAGCACUACCAGAUGAUCCAGAGGGAGGACCAGGAAACAGCCGUCUGAAUCUGUUGGACUCUUAAUGGGCAGGACGCGGAUGAAGACUUGUGUCUUCCUCCUCUUCCUCUGAGGCUGACGGCAGCUGGUUGAGGCCUGUGUGACGGAGGACUGCUACCAGUCAGCAGACUGAGCCCCAAGCUGUGCCAAAUAUCAUCGCAACAUGCAUUUAAUACUGAUUAUGGCAAUGACUAUAAUGACGGUAAUGACAGUGACACUCGUGUUAAUGAGAGUGAAGAUUGUGAGAUGUACAUGGAGUCAUUCCUCUUCUUUUUGAGCAGCUCAGUAAUAAAGUGUUUGUGAAGUCAAGAAAAAAGAAAAAAGAAAAAAACGCUUUUUGAUGAUCAGAAUCUGAUUUUCAACAGCAAUUCUGGGGGAAUCAAUUUUCACAGUCAUGUUUCAUAUCAAACAAAUUCAAAAGGACGUCUUUCUCAAGUUAAAAGUCAUCAUAAAUUAGUGAUGAUCAGGCGGUGGGAUUGUCUCACUCUGGGUGAGAAAGUAAAUUGAAUCUGCAGACUGUAAUGUUGGAAAAAACUCAGGAAACACAGUUUUAUCUCAAACCAUCACGGAGGGAAAAUCUAACAAGAUUACAACUCUAGAGCCCAGUUUCUGUGGCUGAGAGGGUUUUUGUCUCGGUGUUGAUGGUGUUAGAUGAAGCUCAUUGAACGUCCAACAAGGAAGAGAGACAUUUUUGGCUUGUGGUGAAAGAAAGAAACACAAAGGUCAGAGGUCACAUGGGGCCGCUGAUCAUCUCGUUGGCACCAAAAACCAAAAGCCAUAAUUCUAUGAAUUCUAUUAUGCUGUUGUCGUAUAUAGGCUAGUUGGAAACCAUGUCAAUAUGAACGUUAAAGAAUCGCAUACUGAUAUACUUUGGUUUCUUAUUUAACAGUCCAGUUUGAGUUGUUAUGAAUCUGUAUAUACAUUCAGUCAGGUGGCUUAGGACCAGAUUUGAGAAGAAUGGGGACACGCCGGACAAAAGCACCACAUUUUUUCCAAAUGCUCUCUAUCACAUAAGCUUCAAUUUUUGGUAGGAGCCACUUCAUCAAGAUUGUGGAUCGGAGAUGACAGCCAUAUAAAAUCUAUGAGAACCAACAUAUCUUCAAAACCACUUAGAAGGUCAAUCUUGGUGUCAAAAUCUACAUUUUCUGUUGGGAAAAAUAUACAUACAAGAUCUGACAUGAGAUGAAAGCGUUCACUCAAAUUUUUUUGUGCUGUGUACACAGCAGCUAAUCCGCACUAUGCCGUGAACAUAGAUUCCAAAACAAUUUCAACUCAGGAUUCCCUGCUGCAGCACUUGAAGACCUACCAGUCUGGGUGUAAAUGAACAUAUCUAUUUGAUCAAAUGAUCAUCUAGUGAUAUUCUCAAUAUCUUUAAAUGAUUCUUUGACCCAGAAAAUGUAGAUUUUGACACCAAGAUUGACCGAAGUGGCUUGGAAGAUAUACUGGUUCUCAUAGAUUUUAUAUGGCUGCCAUCUCCGAUCCACAAUCUUGAUAAAGUGGCUCCUACCAAAAAUUGAAACCUAUAGUGAUAGAGAGCAUGUGGAAAAAAGGUGGUGCUUUUGUCCGGCGUGUCCCCUUUAUUUAGCUCCGCCUCCUGACUAAUUCAUUGUUCUUCAUAUAGGCUCGUUGUCCAUUUCUCUCCUAAUAUAUAGCUUUAUUUUGAAGGAGUACAUUGAAUGUGAGGAGCAAAGCAUUUCCUGGGAACAAGUCUAGUUUAAUAACACACAAGCCUCAAAUGAUUGUGGGUGGUAUGGGGGCAGCUCAUGGUGGUCCGGGGGUCCAGGAGUAUUCACAGCUAAUGUCAUCAAAAAUACCUUGCCAUGGACCAAACUGUUUAAUAUUUUGGCAUUGUACAGUUAAAGGGAUAGUUUGGAUUCUGAAGUGAGGUUGUAUUAUGUUGUCGUAUUCUGUGUAUUAUAUGAUGGUCUGCACAUUCCCAGUUUGGAGAACCAGACGCUCCAGGCAGGAAACAGACUGUCACAAAAUGUAUUUAAACCACUUAAACAAAGGCCUACCUUAAAACUUUAAUUCCUGUUAAUGUGUACGCUAUAUUAACUUUAUGUCCAAUGAUUUCUUUCGCUGUCCACAGCAGUUUUGUUUUGCUUUUUCUCAACCGUAGAUCUUCCAUGUUCUACACAUAAGCGCCACAGAUCGUCUGUUUUCAUCCCAAUCCAGUUGUUGCAAGUAGUAGUUUUUGUAAGAGACAAGAAAAUAAAAAUGAUGAUGAAACGCCGUUCAAUGUGGAGACAAAAGGAUAAAAUAGACUACUUGAAUAAUCCAUAAUGGGGAUAUUCACCCUCUACAAUUAACCCAUUUUUUUUUACACACACAAGUGA